CAUUUCCCCCUCUGUCUCUGGGAAAGCAGCAGUUUUAGGGGGGAAAAACAAGUGUGUGGAGCCAAGAAACAGGUCUGACCUCAGUUACUGGAACUAAACAAGUUGCUGUUUUAAAGAGUCUCUAAAGUGGCCAAGGCAACAUGAACACCACAGAGUCAGACUUCAACUUCACCUUCACCUCCAACAUCACAGAAAACAUCACUCUGUCAAGCCUGACAACCACAAACAUCUCCUCCACCGUCUCAGAGCCUCCAUCCUAUUCAUCUGAUGUCCACGACCCAGAAUUCACCAUCAUCGUGGUGCUGGGCUUAUCACUGCUGCUGGCGGGGUUAGCGGCCUUCCUGGCAGUGUGCCGGCCCUCUGAACAGGAUGGUGACUCUGACGCAGGCUGCGGUCCAGGGGAGAGCUUGACCCGUGGACGAAGCCAAUCAAGUGAGCCCCAGCUCAAGGUGUGGAAGAGACUGGGCUCGUAUCGGCGUUCGUAUAACCUGUCUUUCAGACGCCCGCCAUAUCGCAGACCACAUGAGCGGGAGAGCACACGUGCGUCGCAGUCGCCGGCAGGACAGACGCCACAGGCAGAAGCCAGCAAGGAGCCUCACCUCACUAUGCCAUGUCUAUUCGACUAUGUCACUGAAAUCUGACUCGAGGACAGGUUGAGGUUUGACUGAAUGUUCCCAAAAAUGUGACACACUGUAUAUUUGGAUGAAUGUGGACGAAGAGAAAGUACGUGGAAAGAAUUUUUUGUUUUACUUACUCUGAGCUCUAAUUGGAUGUGGUCUGCUACAAAGUAUGUGAGGCAAUCAAAAAGACAGUCUGAAAAGUUUACACGUUUUUUUGGGACUGACCAUUUUGCCUUCACUAUAGUAGCAGGUAACAUUGUUGGACAUUAAUGUUUUUUUCACGAUCACCCCCUUCUGCAGUUUAUCCACUGGAGGUGAAUUUGAAUUAAUCCCACAACGACUCAAUUCGAUUACAUAUCUCGCAGUAAGGAUUUGAUGCUUCAUCAAAUCUGCCCUCAAUUAAAUUUGGUCUGAUUUGAUUGCAUUUAAGUUUUUCCAAAGAGUAUAACAGCAGCUCAGUAAAAAAAUAAUAUCUUUUCAAAAAUAAUUUUUCAUUUUCACCAAUCACAUUCAAAAGUCCAGGGACAAAGUGUUGUUCAUCUACAUCAUCACCGCCAAUUGUUCUGAUGUCGUAAACCCUAUCCACCUGGGAAUUCAUUUUCGAAUGAAGACAAACACUAUGAAUUAUUUAAACAUGUGAUUUCAUGUCGGUCUCAAAACAUGGUCUGUGAGCCAAACAGAGACCCCUCGCUAACCGAUUCUUUGUGUUUUGUAAUUUUUACGUGAAGAAAUAAAGUGACUUUUAAGUUUGA